CUGCUGUGUACGUAAGCUUGUGAGGCCCGCCCCCUGCCGGAGCAGGCAAGAUGGCGGCCGCCUACCUGAGCCACCAGCAGAAGGUGCUGCGCCUGUAUAAGAAGUCUCUGCGGCACCUGGAGUCCUGGUGUAUCUUCAGGGACAAGUACCGCUACUUUGCCUGCCUCCUGAGAGCGCGCUUCGAUGACCACAAGGAUGAGAAAGACAUGGUGAAUGCCACCAAGCUGCUGAAGGCUGGCGAGGAGGAGUUCUGGCAGCGCCAACACACCCAGCCCUACAUCUUCCCUGACUCCCCGGGGGGAACCUCCUAUGAGAGAUACGACUGCUACAAGGUGCCAGAGUGGUGCUUGGACCAUUGGCAUCCCUCCGAGAAGGCAGAGUACCCGGACUACUUUACCAAGAGGGAGCAGUGGAAGAAGCUGCGGGAGGAGAGCUGGGAGAAGGAGGUGCAGCAGUUGCUAGAAGAGACCCCCGCUGGAGGUCCCAAGACUGAAGCUUUGCCCCCGGCCCGGAAGCCAGGCCAUCUUCCUCCUUUUUGGUGGCAGUAUGUGACUCGGCCACGUGAGCGCCCCACCUAGAGGACACCCAGCCUAAACGCAGAUCCUUCUCUGUGGAGAUCUGAUUGGAUCUGAUGUACUAAUUAACCCUUGCAAUAAUAAAUGACUACAUGUGUGGAA